UGCAAAGGCCAGGGUGCAUCCCCCCCGCGCUCCUGCUCUUGCCCAAGUUGUGGAAAGAGCCCGUUUUCCUCCCGUCAGAGAAAAACACAGCCCCUGCUGUGAUGGAAAGUUACCGGGCUGUUUGGGGACGCGUGGCUGCGCCUUCACGGAUGUUCUGGAUUUCUCUGCUGAUAGGCACCGUUUAGCGCCUAAUCCCUAAAUCGCAGUAAGAUUAAGGGUGCGGGGGCAAGGAAAAGAUUUUGGAAAGUCCUUCUGGAGCCAUGGCCUUGAUGAAGAGCGGCUGGCUUUGGAGACAGAGCUCCAUUCUGCGGCGCUGGAAAAGGAACUGGUUUGUCCUGUGGCUGGAUGGCAGCCUGGUGUACUACCAGGACGAGACGCAGCGGGACAUGGGGGGAAGGGUCCACAUCAAGUUCAACUGCCGGGGUGUCAAGACGGGCCGCGAAUGCAGAGACGUGCAGCCCCCCGAAGGGAAGAGCCGCGACUGCCUGAUGGUCAUCAUGCUGAGAGACGGCUCCAAAGUGACCCUGUGCGCCGAGAGCGAGGACGACGCUGUUGCUUGGAAGAUGGCGGUGCUGGAGGCGAAGGCCACCCCGGUCCAUGUCUACGACCCGUAUGAUGACUAUUACCAGACGGUGCCCCUGGAUUCCCACCAAGCGAUGUACAUCAGAUCCGGGUACUACGGCCACCAGUACGGAGCGCCCGGCGUGACUCACAUGAUCGUCCGCGAAGACCCCUACCGCGUGUCGGGAGACCACAUGGCUCUGGGGCUGCUGGCCGGGGCUGCCACGGGGGCUGCCCUGGGCUCCUUCAUGUGGAUGCCGUGCUGGUUCUGAGCGGAGCGCUCCCACCUGCGGGGGACCGGGGCCGUCUCCAGGAGGCCGGCAGGCGCUGCCUGUAACGUAGAUCCCUGUAAGGUUUCCCUCUCCCUCCGAGUAACUCUGCUGCACUUUGCUUGCCGUUCCCGACUAGCCAUGUUGGCAACAUAAAUUGUCCUUUGCCUCCCA